UGUCAUCUUUGCGUUUGCAAACACAAUCUCGCACUUUGGAGUGUGUGUCUGCCACAGAGCUGUUUCGCCAUGGCCACCGUCUUACGUGUUUGCAUGUUGCUGUCUCACGUUCACUGGAUUCUUGCAGGCCCAGUCUUCUUGUCUGGCAGAGCGGCGCAUGUCGUCCUGAUGAGACCCAAACGUGGGAACAGUGGUGUGUUUGAGGAGCUGUGGGAAGGCAACUUGGAGAGAGAAUGCUACGAGGAAAUGUGUGACGCAGAGGAGGUCAGGGAGGUCUUUGAGGAUUCUGAAUUGACAGACGAGUUCUGGGCCUCGUAUACAGGAGUUGCCACCCAUUGCAGGCGGAACCCCUGUCAGAACCAGGGCACGUGUACAGACAACACCUACUCCUACACAUGUUUGUGUCCGGACGGUUUCACUGGCAACAACUGUGAGAUUGCUUCAUUACGAAGGUGCGACAUAAACAAUGGACAGUGUGUGCACUUCUGUGAAUCAGGAGCAACUGGAAUCACGUGUUCCUGUGCAACAGGAUAUAAGCUGGAGCAGGAUGGGAUCAGCUGUGAACCAGAAGCUGAGUUUCCGUGUGGCAUGACCGCUCGGAGAGCUAUGAUGAUGCACUCGAGGUCUCUGCUCAGCGGUGUCAACAUAAAUGCGCAUCACAGCAAUGCAACUCCUACUACGACUGCAACACCAGCUACUGCCGCCACAGAGUCCCCUGGAGGACAAAAUGGCUCUGUGGAAAAUGAACCCUCUAACUCUGUGCCCACGUGGAUGCACAGUGUCGUUGGCACGCUCAAAGAGAAAAUCCCGAUGGUCCGUAAACGCAUCAUAGGCGGUCAUGACGUUGUUCCCGGAGAUAUCCCCUGGCAGGUAGCCUUGGUGUACAGUGACGACGGGAGCGUGUUCUGCGGGGGCUCCAUCCUGAGCAAGCGAUGGGUCAUCACUGCAGCCCACUGCCUGGCUCAAGCUGUGGGCCCCUUCUUCAUUAGAGUGGGGGAGCACACAAUUUCAGUCCUUGAAGGAAAUGAGCAGGAUUACCAAGUAUCCAAGCAGCACGUAUACCCGUUCUACAACCCCAGAGUGAGCCUUGUGAAUCACGACCUCGCCCUGCUCUACCUCGACAAACCCAUCAUCUACUCAAGAGUGGUGCGGCCCAUCUGUAUAGGACCCCAUGAGUUUACAGAGGCCCUGGUGCAGAACUCCUCCCCAGCCACAGUCAGCGGCUGGGGCAUUACCCAAACGGCCAAUACAUCCGACACGCUGAAAAAGGUCAAGGUUCCCUUCACGGGCCGGCUCGAGUGCAAACGUAGCAGUGCGGCCAGGAUCACGCGCUUCAUGUUCUGUGCGGGUUACGACGACAAGGCCGAGGACCCCUGCAAGGGCGACAGCGGGGGUCCCCACGCCAACAAGUUGCAUGGCACGUGGUUCCUGACAGGCAUCGUGAGCUGGGGGGAAGAGUGUGCACAGAGAGGCAAAUAUGGAGUGUACACCCGCCUGUCUCUCUACUACUCUUGGAUCAACAACAUGAUCCACGAUGUGGCCUUCAGCAUGGAAGAGCCUCAAGAAGAGGAUUAAUCACGUACACGGACUUGUCCAAAAAGGUAAUGAGGGAAGUAAUAUGUGGAACGUUUUAUUUUGUUGUCUUUUUUCCAAUAAAUGUACUCCAGCAAGAUCAUCAAAACCAACUUGACUGGACAUUUGCAAGGAUUUAUUAUAUUUUUUAGGGCUGCAACUAACAACUAUUUUCUUAGUCGAUUAAUCUGAAGCGGCCGAAAUGAGUUUUCUCUGUAGGGUGGCUGGGCUCUCCCUCAGAGAUGAGGUGAGCAACACUGUCAUCUCUCAAGGAGAAACUCAGAGUAAAAGCGCUGCUCCUGAGGUGGUUCGGGCAUCUAGUCAGGAUGUCUACCUCAGGAGGUGUUCAGGGCUUGUCCAACCAGUAUGAGGCCUCGAGGAAGACCCAGGACACGUUGGAGAGACUAUGUCUCUCAACUGGCCUGGGAACGCCUCGGGACUGGCGGGUGGAGCUGGAUGAAGUAGCCGGUGCGAGGGGAGGCUGGGCUUCCCUGUUUAGGCUGCUGCCCCCACGACCCGACCUUGGAUAAACGGUAGAAGAUGGAUGGAUUAACUUGAAACUUGUUGUUUUGACCCCAAAUCAGUAUGAAGGAAACACACACAGUUCGUGCUUUGGUCCGAAACACAUCACAAACGAGGACAAAAUGUCCAUCACUGUUUUCCAGAGUCAAAUCUGAUGUGUGUGACUAUUUUGUUUUACCUGAAAAACAAAGAUAAUAGCUCUGCCUCCAUGGAUGACUAAUAAAGUUAACAAACAUUCACAUUUGAGAGGCUCAAAUCAGAGGAUAUUUACAUUUUUUUUAUAUCAAAAAUGAUUAAUUGAAUACCAAAAUAGUUACCAGAUUAAUUGGACAAUCGAUUAAUCGACCAGUAUGAAUGAAAGGCAAAAAUACCAAAAAAAACAACAAAGAUCAAACUGACUCUCCAAAAUGUCUUUUUAUUUCUUUAAAGUAUUUCUCCAAGUCACAUUUUCUUGUUCUGUGGCGGACUACAGUGGAACCUCGGUUACAGGCGCGGAUUUAGAGGGAGGUGUGGGCCGUUUUGAGGCACCCAUGAUUUUCUUUGCCACAAUAAAAGCUAAUAAAAUGAUAAACCAUCCUGGAUUCCAGUCACCCGGUCCCAGUGAAGGUACAUGUUCUGAAUUCUGGGCGUGUGGUGGACGCAUAUGCCAGAAUGCAACCGAGACGCAUGCUACUCCUGAAGCCACUGUCAGGCUGAUCAUUGACGUUGGACAUUGAACGUGUGCUGUACAUGGCUAUUCAGGUGGAGGUGCAAAAUAAAGGUUCUGGCAUCAUGACUAUAAGGAAAACUGUUGUCUAUUCUCAAUGAAAAUGAACCAGAAAAGCGAUCCCCAGUGACAUAAGAUUAUACUCCAAUCCUCGGAAUUUACAGCUGCUUCAAAUUGGAAAAUAUUUCAGGAAAUUGAGCUAAAAUGGGUUUCUCCUAGUACCGGUCAUUUUAUAAAUAGAAUGUUUGGCUUAAACGAUAUAUUCCAAGGAUAAAAAUAACAACAAACUCUUGAAAUUAAGGACAUAAAAUUGGCCUCAGAUAUCACCAGAUUGCAGGAAAUGAGGUCUAAUUUUAAAAAAAAUUUCUGGGGGAGGGCGCCCCGACCCCCCGCUCCAUUUCCAGCGCCUCGGCCUACGGCUUUGGCCACACGCCCCCUUUUCAAAAAGCUAGAUCCACCCCUGGUAUCGGACCGUCGUGGUGAAGAGAGAGCUGAGCCAGAAGGCAAAGCUCUCAAUUUAUCUCCAUGCUUAAACCAGUGUGUGUGUAUAUAUAUAUAUAUAUAUAUAUAUAUAUAUAUAUAUA